CUGCUCCCGUGUGCCUCCCCACAGAGCCAGGGGGAGGGAGUUCCAUGGCACCCGAGAGUGCCCAUGGUGUCUGCAGCUCUCUUUUUUCUACUACACUCACAAAGUUGUAACUUUGACUCAAGAUACUGAACUUUGGCAGCAGGCAAUAAGCCACCUUCUCCGCACACCCAAGGCUUCAAGGACACCCAAGGACAACCAAUUCGGGCUGAUACACGGCACGAAAAAUGUGUGAGUGAGGCAGUGCAGCAGAUGCCGGCAGCAGGAGCGGGUUCCUUUUGCAGAGGCCAGUAAGGACUGGAUGACAUGAAUCCAGAUAUUUCCAGGAUGGCUCGCUCUCUGUAUGAGUGGCUGUGGCAGCAUGAGUUCUGGCUGCCCCCAGGAAUCACCUGGGAGGACAUGGAAGAGUCUGAAGACAUUCAUUACCCUCAGCCUCGUGAUCUCCUGCUCAGCAUCCCUUUUGCUUUGAUCUUGGUUGUCGUUCGAUGUGCCUUUGAAAGAGCCAUAGCCCUGCCCCUCAGUACCAAACUGGGCGUGAGAGACAAGCAGAGACCAAAAGCUCAGCCCAACCCUGUGCUGGAAACGUUCUAUAGUACACGCUGCAAGAACCCUGAAGAGGGUGAGCUGAUCCGUUUGUCCAAGCAAUGUGACCUGCCAGUGAGGAAGGUGGAGAGGUGGUUCCGGCGCCGGAGGAACAUGGACCGGCCCAGCCUGUCCAAGAAGUUCUGCGAGGCCUGCUGGAGGUUUACAUUUUACAUCAUUUCUUUCUUCACCGGACUUGCUGUCCUGUAUGAUAAACCUUGGCUUUGGGACCAUAGGGAGUGCUGGACAGGAUAUCCACAACAGCCUCUCCAGCCCUCCCUGUUCUGGUACUACAUGCUGGAGCUCUCCUUCUACUGGUCACUGGUCUUCACCCUGCCCUUUGACGUGAAGAGGAAGGAUUUCAAGGAGCAGAUAGUCCAUCAUGCUGCAACCAUCUUCCUGAUCAGCUUCUCAUACUGUGGCAAUUACAUCCGCAUCGGGACGCUGGUGCUGGUGAUUCACGAUGCCUCUGAUUGCUUCCUAGAGCCAACCAAGAUAUUCAAUUACAUGAAGUGGAAAAAAACUUGUGACAGCCUCUUCAUGAUCUUCUCCGCUGUUUUCCUGAUCAGCCGCCUGGUCGUUUACCCUUACACAGUGCUGUAUAACACCUACUAUUACUCCAUGGAGAUAUUCCAACCCUUCUUUGGAUACUACUUCGUGAACACUCUCCUGAUAAUUCUGCAGCUGCUCCAUGUCUUCUGGUCCUGCCUAAUUAUUCACAUGGUCUACAAGUUCAUCCUCCAGGGCACGAUGGAAAAGGACAUGAGGAGUGACACAGAAGAAAGUGACAAGGAUGAAGAAAGAGAUAAAAUCAGGGAAAAGGAGAAGAACGGGACCACGUAUUUCAGCAACGUGACGAGCAACGGCCACAUCCAGAGGAACGGGGCUGAGCCCCUGAGCAGCAGAGCCCACCUUGCCAACGGCCACGUCAAGGAGAGAUAGCUGCUGUCCACACAGGUCUGGCCUUCAGUCAACACAGGCCACCAUCUGUAGAAACAGUUUUGCUCACUGUGUAGACAAAAUGGAGUGCAAUUGCAGUAUCCUAGAGCUGAAUUUCUGCUUCCCCUGAACAGAAGUGUUUGUAGUCAGUGAUACUUGAAGGAAGUUUUUGGUCUUCCUUCUGUAAAAGCUUACUGUAGGUUGUAGCCUUGGAACAGAUAGAAAGGGAUCAAAGUGGUUUGACUUGUGUUAGACUUGUACCAUAGUUGUCAAAUGUUUUAAUCUUGAAAAAUACUUUAAAAAUAAAAAGGUGGAUAAACUCUGGCAAUGCCAAGUUUUACCCACCUAAUGUUGUUUGAUAGGAAUCUCUUUAGCCUGGAUCAGCCUCUGGAGGCCCUGGCCCAUCGCCAGUAAUGAUUAUGCCUGACAAGUGUGAGACUCCAUAUCUUAACACUGAGACACUUCUUUUGAAAAGACAGGUGCCCUGUGACACUUAGAGAAUCAAAACUGAGCAUAAUGAAAUGAAAGCUUUGGAAAGACCUAGGAGAAAACAUGUUCUUCUCAAAGGAAGUGCUCCAUGUGCCAGUGGCCAGUUUUGUAAGGAUAUGGAUCUCAGUCCCUGUUUGGGGUCAGCAUUAUUGCCUCAGAGGUGGGAACUCCAGAGCCCAGGCUGGAGGAGUACCCACCCAAAUCAUAGUUGGAAGAGCUGGAAAAUCCAGGCAGCUGUUUCACAACUGUCAGGUAAUCCUUGAAACUUUUUUCAGAAGGAAACAGUCAGGAGAAGGGAGGUGACAAGGAACAGUAUAAUCUAGAAGACAACACUGAUGAAAAUGCUCACGUUUUCACCCAGUGUGACUGGCACAGUGGGAAAUGUUUACAGAGUCAGCUUGUGGCAAGAAGGGAAUACAUUUCCCCUGUCCUCAGAGCAAAAAGGAUCCAGAGAAAAUCUGCUGAACCUUAUGGAAUAAUGCUUUAACAUAGCCUUCUAACUCCAGGGCCAUUGCCUAGGUGUGUCAAGAACAGCAAGUGUAAAGCAGUGAUCCAUGAAGUCAUGAUGCAGUGCUGAUUCAGUUUGUUUAGAUGCCAUAUCUUGUAUCCUGUGUAGUCUUAGAUUUUGGAUUCUGCAGUCCCUUAAAAUAUUUAAAUUAGUGUUACAUGAGUUUCUGUUUUAUGGGUCAAUUAAUAUAUGAAACCAAAGUAUUAACAGAUUCACUGUAAUGAGUGCAGGGACUUAGGCUGCCAGGGCCAGGCAGACACUUCCCUCUGUGUGCCCAAUGUUCGCUGGGGGGGGAUAGGACAUAGACCAAGGAGAUGCCUUAUUUGAGGAGGUGGUGCACAUGUUUAAAUUAAAAGGCAAGUGACAGCAUGGAAAGACAAGAGGGUUUUCAUCAAUCCACUCAGGCCACCUGAGAUGUGACUGAGAAAGAUUUGAUCUGAGCUUGUGUGUGUUCAUCUUCGGUUUCAGUCAAAACUCGUUUGGAUGAUUGGAUUUCUAAACUGGAAUUGGAUAAUUUCAGAAGGGGAAAAGUGGUUCCAGUAGGGGUAAUUCCAGGGCAGUAACAUGGUGUGAGAGUAGAGCAUCUGCUCCUGCAUUGUUGUUUAAAUCCAUAUUUGCUGAAGAUAGGUUGUCUCUGAAACCUUGAGCUAACUGGAAGUUGGAAGCACAGGCUCUGUAUGCUGUGAACUGAGUGUAGGACCUUGCCCCUCUGCAGGUGGUGUGCUCAGGAGGGAUGGUUAUAUAUCAUUUUGUACUACUGAAUGUAAACAUUCUUUAUAAAUAACUUUUAAAAGGUU